AAACGAUUAAUUCAAAAUGUCUUCGAUGUCUGAUGAAUGUGCACAAAUUAAUACAAAGAAUGACAGUAGCGUUGAUGGCAAUGUAGUCACGGGAAAACCAACAGAGGAAAACCCACCGAGCUUGCAUUCCCGUCAAGUGCGUACAGUAUACUUAUUAACGUACAGUCAAGCCGACUCAACUAUUGUAGGAAGCAGAGAAGAGUUUGCCCAAGUGGUCGUUGAAGCCUUCGUAAAGACCAGCGACAAAGCAAACAUUGUCACUCAAUGGGUGUGCAGUAAAGAGCCCUCACAAAACGAAUGGUUUCCACUAUCACAUGGCUGUAAAAUUAAGUAAAGCACGGAGAUGGUUGUCAGUACGCAGAUGGCUAGACAGCAGAUAUGGUAUAAAAGUCAAUUUUUCAAUCGUUCAUGCCAAUUACUACACAGUGCCUGGAAAUACACAACCAAGCAGGAUGCUUCUUUUGAGCAAUCACCCGGCCAUCCAGAAUUAACGAACAGCAAGGCCAACACGUCAAUGCGUAAAAAGUCGUCMAAGCAAAACAAAAAGAAGAGACUUAGCAUCUUUGAUGUUUCCCAGCUGGUUGUAAGGAAAGGCAUCAAGACUCGCCUUGAACUAUUAGCGCUAGCUAACCAACAGAAAAAGGCGGGAAAAGACGACCUUGCCCUGUUCAUUGCAAACAGAGGUGCUAAAGUAGCUGCAGAAGCUAUAAGUGUAGGGUGGGAUAUGGAGGAGGCAGAAGCAAAACUGCAACGACAAAAUCUCACGUGUCUUCAAAUGCUCGAGCAGUCACUGGAGGCGGAAUGU